AUGAUUAUUCGUCCAAGGGCUUUCCCUUUUUUCAUUCUUACCCUUGCUUCUAUACUCACAAAUGCGGACGACACAACCCCCUUUGACUGCCAUGUCACCGUCGGCGGCCUCACCUUUGACUUGACAAGUUUGGAUAGAGAAUACUCUGCAAGCCGGACACGCACUACUCCACCAACCACAAUGGUCGACAGUUUAUCCUUUAACAUUUGCAAUGACUUGAAACCCCAAUCUGGCGUUGCGGAACAGGACCAGUGUCCAACUGGGACAAGAGCAUGUCUUACCAAAACGAACAAGAAAGAUAGCGAAACAGAUCGGAUCGUCGCUGUGAUUCCAUUGGCUCAAACAAAAAUCCUUGAUCCAAAAUAUUCAGCCAGUGCAUCUCCCACGAAAUACCUUUCAAUAUUGCUCAAAGGCCCUACAUAUUCGCUUCUGCCGCAGUCAUUGAAUCUGACGCUGUUUUGCGAUUCGGAGGGCAUUUCAGAACCAAAGUUUGUCGGCUACGAUGGUUCACAGCUUGACUUGGAAUGGAGCGCUCCGGCUGGAUGCGCUGUGGUCGAGGGUGACAAGUCACCACCCAGCGGUGGUGGCAACAAUGGCGAAGAUGGUUCUAAGGAUGGGGAAGAGAAGGAUGUCGGCAGCGGCGUUGGGUGGUUUUUCCUCGCAUUGAUUCUAGCUUUCAUGGCGUACUUUGGACUUGGGGCAUACUAUAAUUAUUCAACCUAUGGCGCGAGAGGUGCAGACCUAAUACCACACCGCGAUUUCUGGAAGGAGGUUCCCUACAUGCUUGCUGAUGUGGUAUCUCACUUGUGCUCAUCGGUUCGGCCUCGGAGAACGGCUAGUCGCGGUGGUUACAUAUCUGUGUAA